AUGUGGCCAAAUUAUGACGAAGUAAGUGAUGACGACGACGUCAUAGAGAUGGAUGCGGAAGACCUGGAAUACUUACCCGAAAUCGAUGAUCAAAAAUUACAACAAGACGCUUCGCCACAAGCAGAUUGCAACAAAUUGAAAGUUAAUUACAAAUUUCGAAGGACGACACCAUUUCGUCAUCGACUAAACCACAAGAGGGUAACGAAGAAUAGCGAUAAAUCGGAAGGAAACGACAAUGAUGCCAAUGAAGAUUUCGAAGAAUUGAGUGACGAGGAGAUCAUCUCUGAUAGGGCGAGUGAAAGCAGUGAUAAGAUUAAAUCAAAAAGGAAAAAAAUAAGAAAAAUAAGCAUGCCUGAGAAUGAGUCGAACAUAAGCGCUAAACCUAUUUCUUCCAGUAGCAGCGCAAUCAGUGAUGAAGACCAGGACAGCGAUGAAGAAAUAGUAUUUGAAUCACCUUUUCCACUAUCCAAAGUUGUUUUUAUUGAAACAUCAUUUGAUGCAUACAUCAAAUUACUUUCACAGAGUGAGGAAAUGCCAACAGAUGAAAUGACAGGAUGGAAAGGAUUAUUUCAUGCAUUUAAAUGGACAAGCAAAAUGUGUUAUAUCCUUUGUCCACCACUACCAAAUUUAGUAAUCCGAAAAGCUGCUUUUCAUCCUCCCAAGCAUUGUCAUUAUUAUUUCCUAAUAGGUGAAAAAGCUGGCAAACGUCAAUAUUUUCUUGAUGCAAAAAGCGCUCGAGAAAGCACGAAUUUAACCAUUUGCUUGCCACAUUUAUUGUUGCCAAAAUUUAAAAAUUCAGAUGUUGCCGAUCAGUUGCUGCGAAUUGAGGUGCACUUAAUACCAUCAGCUAAUGGUGACACAUUGGUGGCGCUGUAUAUCCGAUGUGAGAAGUCAUAUGAAUGCAAGAAAUCGGCACCUUAUAUAAUACUUUUCGCUCAACCAAACAGUUCAGAUGUUGGCUCAUGCAUGCUUACCGAUCCCAAUUUGGUUGAUAUAGCAGAUUUCUUGCAGUGUGAUUUAAUGGCAUUUGAUUACAGUGGUUUUGGACUGAGUACCGGAACUUCGACAGAAAAAAAUGUCUAUCAGAAUAUGGAGGCCGUUUAUCAAUAUUUAACUGAAGAAAUGAAAGCAAAACCAAAUGAAAUAAUUCUAAUUGGAUUCAGUAUGGGUACUGCAGUUGCUAUUCAUUUAGCAUCACACGAAAAAGUAGCGGGAUUGAUUCUAAUUGCUCCCUUCACAUCGCUAUUACGUGUGCUUAGACGUAAACCGGCUAGUAAAAAGACUUGCUGUUUGGAUCAGUUUUCAAGCAUUGAUAAAAUGUCAAAAAUACUCUGCCGUACGCUAAUCUGCCAUGGAAUGAAUGAUGUAAUCGUUUCCAUCAAUCACAGUAUUGAACUGCAAAGUCGACUACCAAAUGCUACGAAACCUUUUUUUCUUGAUAAAGCUACUCAUCAGGGCAUAUAUUGUGAACGAAAAAUGUGGGAUCGCGUGCAACAGUUUUUGUUUCAUGAACUUGAUAAUAGCAGAAAAUGGAAUGAACCGGUAAAAACGAAACGACCAUUUGUUGACUAUGGUUUUUGA